AUGGACACGCGUGUGUGGGAGAUGUACUUGACUGAUCUGCUCAAGUACGAGAUCGAAGGCCCCUCUGUUAUUGUGGCCGACAACUUGGAUUGUCAUGUCUGCCAAGCCUCGCACGACAAGGUGUCAUCUGAACUAUUCAGUGUGCUUGAGCCCUUGCCCAAGAGCUCCACCAUUGCGCUCGAAGUGGCUCCAAAAGCUCCUGUCACGACAGCGGCAGAAAAGCGCCUGGUCAUGAUCAAGCGCACGAUUGCAGCGUGGGAAGAGAUGCCUACUUCACUGAUCCCCUGUUCAUUUGAGAAGGCAAUCCCUGGUGCCCCCAUUGCCCCUUAA